CUGUACGGAGGACUGAGAGGCUAUAAGGGCGGAAGUGGUGGUGGGAAAGAGGCGACUGAGAAAGGUUUUUGGAUGAAAAGUGCCUGUUUGGAGGUUUCCUGGUCUCCCCUCACACCAUGUCAGAGCAAUCAGUCCUCCUGCUCAGGAAGCAGCUGGCUGAACUGAACAAAAAUCCAGUUGAAGGGUUUUCGGCUGGCUUAAUCGAUGACCAUGAUAUAUUCAAAUGGGAAGUGUUGCUUAUUGGACCUCAGGAUACAUUAUUUGAGGGUGGCUUCUUUAAAGUGCACCUUACAUUCCCAAGUGACUAUCCACUGAGGCCUCCAAAAAUGAAAUUUAUAACAGAAAUCUGGCAUCCUAAUGUUGCAAAGAAUGGUGAUGUGUGUAUCUCUAUUCUUCACGAACCUGGAGAAGACAAGUUUGGCUAUGAGAAGCCUGAGGAACGUUGGCUGCCCAUCCACACAGUGGAGACUAUCAUGAUCAGUGUUAUUUCUAUGUUGGCAGACCCGAACAGUGACUCUCCAGCUAACGUAGAUGCUGCCAAAGAGUGGAGGGAAGACCCAAAUGGUGAAUUCAAGAGAAAAGUUGCUCGAUGUGUUAGGAAAAGUCAGGAAAUGGCUUUUGAAUGAAAAGUGUUUCAAGCAAGAAAUUAUCCUCUGUACGUUUGCACCUAAUAAGCAAUAGAAUUCACAAGCUUAUGGCUACUCUUAUUGGAGCUUGUGCAGAGUUUCAUGGACUUCUCUCCCCCGCCCUCAGCAGACCGUUUACCUUUUUUAUAAAUUAUGAUCUACUUCUGUUUUAACUGAAAAUGUUGACUUGAUUGGUUUGCAAUCCCAACGGAGCUCCUUUAUUUAUUCAGAUAUAUAUUUUUUUGAAAAUGUAUUUUAUAAAGCUCAAGUCGCUCUUGCAUUUUUUUUUUUUUUUAACCCUGGAGACUGCAUAAUGGGCUGUUGCAGAAGCACUGUAAUAGAUGGUCACGGAGUACAAGCUUUCAAAGUGUCAAGCUUGCUUCCUGCAAAGCCACUUGCCUAGCAAUCAAAUUUUGACCAUAGUUUUUACUUUUUGUAGUGUUUAAGUACUGUGCUUGAGGAAUUUAAACAAUGAGGCUAACCCCACUAAUAUCCUUGUUACACAUUGCCUUUUUGCAGUAUGGGUUAAUUGGAUACAGCAAGAUUUCCUGGUCAAUUUAGAUAUGUGCAGUUCUGAUACUCAAUUACCCUGUUCUUUUUUUUCUCUUGUUUAUGCUAAAGCAAAAACAAGGUUUUGUUCCAUUUUAUUUUUUCCCCUCCCUUCUGAUCUUCCCAGCCGUUUUUGUUUUGCUUUUUUAAAUAAAACAUUUGGUUACAGAAUGCAACCUUUUUGAGAUGUUUCAAUAACUUAUGAGUCAUGUUUUGAAUAUAUUAAAGUUAAUUCAAUACAA